CAGAACUCUCACACUGUCAGUCUCUUCUCAUCAUCAUCAUCAUCAUCAUCGUCCUCCAAUGGAUACUUACACUCUGUUUUUCACAGCUUCACUCAUCGGAAUCGGACUCUACUGGUUCCUAUUCGUCCUCGGCUCCGCCGAACAGAAAGGGAAGCACGUCGUGCAUCUCUCGAGCGGCUCCAUCUCCGCUGAGAAAGUCCUCGACAAUUACAACCAGUACUCCUCCUUCUUCCGCCGUCCCAAGGAGAUCCUCGAAACCGCCGAAGACAAAGUCCCCGCCUUCGUCGACACCUUCUACAACUUAGUCACCGACAUUUACGAAUGGGGCUGGGGCCAAUCCUUCCACUUCUCCCCCUCUAUCCCCGGCAAAUCGCACCGCGAAGCUACCCGCCUCCACGAAGAGAUGGUCGUUCAUCUUCUGGGCUCCAAACCUGGGGAUCGAGUCCUCGAUGCCGGUUGCGGUGUCGGUGGGCCAAUGCGGGCCAUCGCGGCCCACUCCGGCUCGAAUGUGGUCGGUAUCACUAUCAACGAGUAUCAAGUAAAAAGGGCUCGAAUCCAUAACAAGAAAGCCGGUCUCGAUGGCCUCUGCCAGGUCAUCACAGGGAACUUUCUGAGCAUGCCGUUCGACAACGACAGCUUCGACGCGGCGUAUUCGAUCGAGGCCACUUGCCACGCUCCUAAGCUGGAGGAGGUGUAUGCGGAAAUCUUUAGGGUUUUGAAGCCUGGAGGUAUGUACGUGUCGUACGAAUGGGUUACGACGGAGUUGUAUGACAAUGGAGAUGAGGAUCAAGUGGAGAUCGUACAGGGAAUAGAGAGAGGAGAUGCAUUGCCUGGCCUCAGAAGCUACCGAGACAUCGCGGAGAUCGCGAGGAAAGUUGGGUUCGAGGUGGUGAAGGAGAAGGACUUGGCAAAGCCUCCGGCGAAGCCCUGGUGGUCGAGGUUGAAGAUGGGGAAGGUGGCAUACUGGAGGAACCACAUUUUGGUAACUGUAUUGUCUUGGAUUGGAAUUGCACCGCAAGGAACAGUGGAUGUGCAUGAAAUGCUAUGCAAGACUGCUGUAUAUCUGACUAAAGGUGGAGAGACUGGGAUUUUCACUCCUAUGUAUAUGAUUCUUUGCAGAAAACCUGAGUCGUCUGUCAACUCUUCUUAGAUGGUGCUCGUGAUUCUUUUAACUAUUAUUACUUUUGCUUAGUUUCAUUUAUGGGUUUUUGAUUCUCUUUCUGGUACAAUAUUUUUGGUUUUUAAUUAUUAUCUUAAAUUUUAGAUUUUUAUUA